GUUGUGCUCUUCUCUUAUCUCACAGCUGUGUUCAUACGAGCUAGAAGCAAACCGGCUUGUUCUACAUUCGUCGUUUCUAAUAACUAUUCUUAUGUUAUCGCUUAUAAUCCCAUUGUAAACAUCAUGUCAGAUGGCGAUGUCACACUGGCUUCUAAUGUGCUCGGCACUAUUGGCACAGUACUCUGGUGUAUCCAGUUGAUUCCCCAGAUCUGGUAUAACUGGCGGAGAAAAAACACAGAUGGCUUCCCAGCUGCUAUGAUGUUCCUCUGGGCGAUGUGCUCGGUCCCGAUGGGUGCAUACCUUAUUCUACAGCAAGUGAAUAUCCCAUUACAGAUUCAGCCACAGAUCUUUGGGUUCUUUGCUUUGAUCAGUUGGUGUCAGGUUUUAUAUUAUAGUCAUAACUAUAGCCGACUAAAAGCAACGCUGGUUUGCUUGGGUUGCAUAGUCCUAUUCGGCGGGCUCGAAGCUCUUCUCAUUCUCACAUUGAGGAUCCCUUACAAUAACGGUGUCACCUGGCCAGAUAUUGUGGUUGGUGUCGUUGCUACCAUUUUCUUGACUGCGGGGUUGUUGCCUCCAUACUUUGAAUUAUGGAAGAGAGAUGGCCGUGUCAUAGGAUUUAACUGGUUAUUUUUAUCGAUUGACACUCUGGGUGGACUGUUUUCUCUGCUUGCCUUAGCGGCUCAAGGACGCUUCGAUAUUCUCGGUGGGGUAAUGUAUAUCCUUGUUGUUGUCCUCGAGGGAGGAAUCUACGUCAGCCACAUUGUCUGGCGGAUUCGCUACCGCAAGCUUCGUAAAGAGGCAAAGAUGAGUGGAGUGAGUAUCGAUGAUCUACUCGACUUGAGGAAUGAUAGAGAAGACAUUCGAGACACACGAAUAGGUGUGCUAGAUCCGGGCGACAUCGAGAAGCAACAACUAUCGUUACCCAAACCUGAAAGGGAAUCGAGGGCGGAUGCAAAA